AUGGGGCACCGGGUUAUGACGAUAGCUCCUCGCUAUGAUCAGUACAAGGAUACAUGGGAUACAAAUGUUCUUGUUGAGGUAAUUGUUGGUGACAGAACAGAAACAGUGCGCUUUUUUCACUGCUACAAAAGGGGGGUUGAUCGUGUUUUUGUUGAUCAUCCUAUGUUUCUUGAGAAGGUAUGGGGCAAAACUGGAUCAAAAUUGUAUGGGCCUACCACUGGAACAGACUUCCGAGAUAACCAAUUACGGUUCUGCCUUUUGUGCCUUGCUGCAUUGGAGGCUCCGAGGGUUCUUAAUCUCAACAAUUCUGAAUACUUCUCUGGACCAUAUGGAGAAAAUGUUGUCUUCGUUGCAAAUGACUGGCACACUGCAGUUUUGCCAUGCUAUUUGAAGAGCAUGUAUAAGCAAAAUGGAAUUUAUGUGAAUGCCAAGGUUGCUUUCUGCAUUCACAAUAUCGCCUAUCAGGGCAGAUUUCCCAGAGUGGACUUCGAACUUCUUAAUUUACCUGAAAGUUUCAUGCCGUCAUUUGAUUUUGUUGAUGGGCAUGUUAAGCCAGUAGUAGGGAGAAAGAUUAACUGGAUGAAGGCAGGGAUCACUGAGUGUGAUGUGGUCCUUACAGUUAGUCCACAUUAUGUCAAAGAACUUACUUCUGGCCCAGAGAAAGGUGUUGAGUUGGAUGGCGUCCUUCGUGCAAAGCCUCUUGAAACUGGAAUUGUAAAUGGAAUGGAUGUUGUUGAUUGGAAUCCAGCAACAGAUAAGUACAUCAGUGUCAAAUACAAUGCAACAACGGUGGCGGAAGCAAGAGCUCUCAAUAAAGAAAUACUGCAGGCUGAAGUUGGAUUGCCUGUGGACUCUAGCAUACCUGUUAUAGUUUUCAUUGGACGUCUUGAAGAACAGAAAGGGUCAGACAUACUAAUUGCAGCCAUACCGGAGUUUCUCGAGGAGAAUGUUCAGAUAAUUGUUCUCGGCACAGGGAAGAAGAAAAUGGAGGAGGAACUGAUGCUGCUAGAAGCGAAGUACCCACAGAAUGCCAGAGGCAUAGCAAAAUUCAAUGUCCCAUUGGCGCACAUGAUGUUUGCCGGGGCUAAUUUCAUAAUUGUUCCAAGUAGGUUCGAGCCAUGUGGCCUCAUCCAAUUGCAAGGGAUGAGAUAUGGAGUGAUUCCCAUCUGUUCAUCCACCGGAGGACUCGUUGACACGGUGAGCGAGGGUGUCACCGGAUUCCACAUGGGUUCGUUCAAUGUCGAGUUUGAAACCGUCGAUCCAGCAGAUGUCGCGGCAGUUGCUUCGAAUGUCACACGAGCUCUGAAACAGUACAAAACACCGUCGUUCCACGCAAUGGUUCAGAAUUGCAUGGCGCAGGACCUAUCUUGGAAGGACCGGCAAAGAAGUGGGAGGAGGCUCUUCUUGGCCUAG